UAUCGCUUUUGCUCCUGCCUUUUGCAAGCCAUUUUACCGCCCGACAAGCAGCAUCGGUGGUGCAGAUCUCAUAUCUGGUCCACAAGAGGCCUGGAAAACAUCGACGGCACAGCUAAGGCACCAGCAGGACCCCUAAGAGGGCACAAGCCAAUGCGCCACCUCCUCGUCUGCUGCUGCCUCGCACGCACCACAUCCGUCGUCUUCGAGACCACGCGCACCCUCGCCGUGCGCCCGAGCGCUGCCAAGCAGCUCUGGCUGAGCGAGACCUGGAAACGCGGCCGCUACGGAUUACCACUGCCGCCGCCGAUCAACCUCGAUGGCAACGAGCGGCUCGUCGUGCCGCCGGGGCUCCGCGAAGGCAUCGUCGACAAUAGCGACGACGCCAUCGCUUAUCAAGUCAUGAACCCGGGCUGGCUGUCGCUCUACCCGGUGCACCGGCACCGCGGACGCGUGCGCUUCGACACGGCGCAGAACGCGACGAGGAUGACGUGGACGGUGGACUACGAGCCGUUCGACGAUGGCUUCGCGGAGGGCUGGACGGCUUUUCUGACGAAGUUUAUCGUCUCAAGCGCCGCUGACGAGCUCGCCAAGAUCGCGUCGGGCGAGGACCAAAUACCAUCCCCGGUCGAGCGCUUCGUCGUCCGAAGAUUGCUCGAUUGGUUCCGCGACAGCGACCUCGUAGAAAAGGAGCACGCGAAGCACGUCGCGUCGCCCACCGUCUCGCACUUACUCAAGGGCACGCCGCUCGUGGAAGCCGCGGACGACAGCAAGCUUGUGUUCGCGUCUUCCUAUCUAGGUCGACUCGUCGCGCGCGUCGUCAAGGAGGAGGGCGAAUAUUUGUCGGAGUGGAAGGUGGCGAAGAUCGUCGAGGCGGCGGGCCCCACGUUCGACGCCGCCGCGGCGCGCGAGGACCUCCGCGCCGAGGCGGCGCGCGCCGACGUCGUCGUGUUCUCGUUCACGGACUGCCCGUGGUGUGUUGCCGCGAAACGGCUCCUGGCGGCGUACGACUCGGUUUUGGAUAUUGACCUGGAGCCCCUCGGCCCGCGGGGCAAGACGCUGCGGGCGGCGAUAGCCCUCGAGACGGGCCGGACGUCGAUGCCGGCGGUCUACGUCCGCGGCGAGGCGAUCGGCGGCUACACCGACGGCAGGCCCGGGCUGCUCGCGCUGCACCGGACCGGAGAGCUUCAACAGCGACUCGGUGUUUGA